GUUUGCAUCUCAUAGUGCCCACUCCUAAAUUUAUAAUAAUUUGCUGCCUUUUCAUCUUUUGUUACUGCUUUUAAUUAGUAGCAUGGAUACAAAAGUCCUUUCCUCUGGCAUCCAGUACACAAACUUGCCGGCAAGCUAUGUUAGGCCGGAAUCUGAACGUCCCAGGCUGUGGGAAGUUUCAACGUGCGAAAAUGUUCCGGUCAUAGAUUUAGGUUGUCAGGAGAGGGACCAAAUUGUCCAACAAGUUGGCGAUGCCUGCAAGAACUAUGGCUUUUUUCAGGUGAUCAAUCAUGGAGUGUCUUUGGAAGCAGUGGAGAAAAUGUUAGGAGUAGCCCAUGAUUUCUUCAGCUUGCCAGUUGAGGAGAAGCUGAAGCUGUAUUCUGAUGAUCCAUCGAAGACAAUGAGACUUUCUACAAGUUUUAAUGUGAACAAGGAGAAGGUUCACAACUGGAGGGACUAUCUUAGACUCCAUUGCUAUCCUCUUGACAAGUAUGCGCCUGAGUGGCCUUCUAAACCUCCUCCGUUCAAGGACAUUGUAAGUAGUUAUUGUAUACAAGUUCGAGAACUUGGGUUUCGAAUACAAGAACUGAUAUCGGAGAGCUUAGGCCUCGAAAAGGAUCAUGUAAAGAAUGUCUUGGGUGAACAAGGGCAACAUAUGGCUGUAAACUUUUAUCCUCCAUGUCCAGAGCCCGAGUUGACUUUCGGAUUGCCAGGACAUACCGACCCCAAUGCCCUCACUAUUUUACUUCAAGACCAAUCAGUAGCAGGCCUUCAAGUCCUCAAAGACGGGAAAUGGGUAGCUGUUAAUCCUCAUCCAGAUGCAUUUGUCAUUAACAUCGGUGAUCAAUUACAGGCACUAAGCAAUGGGAGAUACAAGAGUGUGUGGCACCGAGCUAUCACGAAUACUGACAAGGCAAGGAUGUCAGUUGCUUCCUUCCUCUGUCCAUACGAUAACGCAUUGAUCACCCCGCCUAAAGCUCUCACCGAUGAUGGAACUGGAGCCGUAUACAGGGAUUUCACAUAUGCUGAAUAUUACAAGAAGUUUUGGAGCAGGGACUUGGAUCAAGAACACUGUUUGGAACUUUUCAAGAACAAAUGAAAGUACAUAUUUUACUAGUAAGUGAUACCAAUCACCUUAUUAUUGUUGCAAUUUCCUAAUAAAUUCAGGUCGUGGAGUUGGGGGCCAGACUUGUUUUUCUGUUUUUUUUUUUCCUGAAAUCCUGCAAGGACGCAUCGCCGACAUCAACGUUAAAUUCUUGUUCAUUUUGUGAAAUAAUGGCAGUUGCAGACUCCUUUCUAGCAUAUAAAAGUGUAUCGUUACAGGCAUCAGGCUACAUCUGCGAACGGGGAAGGUUUUAUGUCACUGUUCGAUUGUUGGUCCAUGCCACCUCUUGUUGAUUUUGAAUUUCCAUUCAUGUCCUAAUAGAUGUUCAUUAGAAACAGUUGUUGUAAUCAAACAGUAUCUUUUGCAAUUUAUUUUAUGCUGGCAUUAUUAUCAGAGACCUAAA